UAUGCUCAAAGGAGUACAUUUCGAAUUGUGCCUUCUUUUGUGCAACUAAGUGAUAUCCUGCGGAGUGUUUUUCGUGGGUAAUCGAGGUGAUAUCCCUCCGCGUUGCCAGCUAGUUUGUAGUAAUAGGACUAAGUUUCCUGAAGUGUGUCUAGUGAUACAGUGAUAAGCUACUACCUUCCAGAAUGAAAAUUAUUAUAUUCACUGCCCUUAUAGCGGUCUGUUCGUGUGCCCGUUUAGACAAUAACUACCUGCCACCGCCAGGAGCAGCAUCCGCCGGAGGGGGACCCGGGCUGACGGCUCCAUCGGCAGGAGGAUUCGGGGCAAAACCACCUGGUGGUGGACAUGGUGGUGGAGCAGGAGGAUUUGGUGGACGACCUGGAGCAGGAGCAGCACCCCCUAGCCGUCCCGCACCAUCGUAUGGACCUCCAUCCGGAGGCUUUGGAGGUGGUGCGCCUUCUUCAUUCGGUGGUGGAGCAUCUUCGGGAGGUUUCGGAGGUGGGGCUUCCUCAGGUGGUUUCGGAGGUGGUGCUCCUGCUGCCCCAGCAGCUCCCGCUGGUCCACCAAUAGAGAUUAUUUCUUAUGAAAACGAAAACAACGGCGAUGGCAGCUACAAAUUUAGUUACGAAACUGGCAAUGGAAUCAAGGCCCAAGAGCAGGGAGAAGUGAAAAACAAAGGAUCGGAGAACGAAAUCCAAUCCGUGCAGGGAUCAUUUUCGUACACAUCUCCCGAAGGUCAGGUCAUCACGUUGACAUACGUAGCUGAUGAGAAUGGAUUCCAACCGCAAGGAGAUCACCUUCCUACUCCACCACCAAUCCCAGAAGAAAUCCUGAAGGCUCAGCAAGCUCACGCUGCUGCUCAUGCGAGUGCGGCCGCUGCUGGAGGUGGUAGCUCGGGUGGUCACGGUGGUGGUGGUGCUGGGGGAUAUCCAGGAUCAGGACCCGCUAGCACGGGAAGUGGUGCUGGAGCCGGAUACCCAUCGGGAGGCGCACGACCUAGCGCUGGAUAUCCUGGAUCGGGACCUGCCAGCACAGGAGGUGGCUCUGCAGCUGGAUACCCAUCGGGAGGACCACUGGCUGGGGCACGACCUGGAAACGGACGUCCCUCGGGAAGUGGUUCGUUCAGUCCGCAGUCGGGAUACAAGUAUUAGUAUUAAAAAUUCAAUUAGCGAAAAGUUACCAUCACUAUCCGGUCUAACAGAACUGUAAAUAAAUCUGAAGUGGAGCAAACUGGCGGAGCUAUAAAUAAAGAACUCAGAAUGAAACAUA